UCAAAUCCACUCCUUGUGACUCAAGAAACAAAAUUAACAAACUUUCUUUGUUAUAAUUUGUUGUAAAUGGUCGAUGGACAAAAGAGUUGUUGGUCCACACCAUGAACAUAGUGAGAGUGAAUUCUCUUCCACUAUUUCCACUAUUCUUGGUUUUAUAAACAAAUUUCUCAUGGAAGAUGAUGACAUAGAGGAAGACUACAAUAUGUUCCAACAUCAUGAACAUGAGGAGUCUUCCACUGUUCUUGGUUCUAUAAACCAAUUUCUCAUGGAAGAAGACUUUGAAAAAGAAUACACUAUGUUCCAAGAUUCUUUUGCUCUUCAACUCACUGAGAAAUCAUUUCAUGAUGUUAUUGUUCACACUCCUCCUGCUGCUGCUGGUCUUCCUUAUUCUUCUUCCUCUUCUUCGUCUUAUUCUUAUUCUUCUUCCAUCAAGCAUCGACAAAACUACAACUAUGUGCAUAGCCCUAACUUCAGUGAUUAUAGUUUCAGCAGUGGCAGCACUAGCUCCUUUGAACCUGAUCCAAUUAUAGACUCAUACAACUAUAAUAACAACCCUUUUCUACUCCCAACUACUCUUCCAUUUCCUCCUAAUAACUUUGUUUCUCAAUCCAAUCCAACCCUUUUUCCUUCUUUCAACAAUGCUCUUUCUCAUGAGGUAUUUAAGACAGAAAACUUUGAAGAAGAGCAUUUUCUUAAUGUGUCAGAACAAGUGAAAGUAGAUGAUAACAGCGAGUUAUCAGAAUUAUUUGAUAAAUUACUUCUUGGUACUAAAGUCACAAAAGGGCCGCAUCAAAACACAAGCUUCCAGCAGAAUGAAGAAUUAUCAAACAGAUUCGGUGGUUUUAGGAGAAAGAGAAGUUAUGAGGAAGUUGUGGAUUUGAGGACACUAUUGAUGCUAUGUGCACAAUCCAUUUCUUGUAAUGAUAUUUCAAAUGCAAACCAAUUAUUAAACCAGAUUAAGAAACAUUCUUCUCCAACCGGUGAUGGAACUCAAAGAUUGGCAUAUUUCUUUGGAAAUGCACUUGAAGCACGUUUAGCAGGAACUGGUUCAAAAAUCUAUAGAGCUCUAUCUUCCAAGAAAAAAUCUGCUGCAGAUAUGAUAAGAGCUUACCAAGUUUAUUCAUCAGCAUGCCCUUUUGAAAAGCUUGCAAUUAUUUUCUCAAACAAUGCAAUUUUGAAUGAAGCAAAAGAAACAGAAAGUCUUCACAUUAUAGAUUUUGGUGUUGGUUAUGGUUUCAAGUGGCCUGCUUUUAUACACCGUCUAUCGAAAAGAUCCGGUGGGCCACCCAAAUUGAGGAUCACAGGGAUAGAUCUUCCAAAUUCAUUGGAGAGAGUGAAAGAAACUGGUCUUAGGCUUGCAAGUUAUUGCAAACGUUUCAAUGUUCCUUUUGAGUACAAUGGUAUUGCAAAAAAUUGGGAAAGUAUCAAAGUUGAAGAUUUUAACAUAAGGAAAAACGAGUUUGUUGCUGUGAAUUGUUUGUUUAAGUUUGAGAAUCUACUGGAUGAGACAGUAGUUUCGGAGAAUCCGAAGGGUGCUGUUUUGGAUUUGAUUAGAAAGACAAAUCCGAAUAUAUUUAUUCAUAGCAUUGUUAAUGGUGGUUACGAUGAACCUUUUUUUGUGACAAGGUUUAAGGAAGCUGUUUUUCAUUAUUCAGCAUUGUUUGAUAUGCUUGAUAACAACAAUGUUGAACGUGAGGAUCCUGUUAGGUUGAUGUUUGAGGGAGACGUUUGGGGGAAAGAUAUAAUGAAUGUUAUAGCUUGUGAAGGUUGUGAUAGGGUUGAGAGGCCAGAGACAUACAGGCAUUGGCAUUCUAGGCACAUAGGAAAUGGGUUUAGGUCUUUGAAAUUGAAUAAGCAGAUUAUAGAUAAAUUGAAGGGUAGGUUGAGAAAUGAUGCAUAUAAUAGUGAUUUUUUAUUUGAGGUGAAUGAAAAUUGGAUGCUACAAGGUUGGAAGGGUAGAAUUCUAUUUGGUUCUUCAUGUUGGGUUCCAGCAUAGACCUUCACAAUAUGUUGGGAGUAAAUCAACAUUUUUGUUCUUGAAAAUUGUAUGAAUCAAACAAUUCAGUUUUUGAAAAACUUGUAUGAAUCAAACAAUUCAGUUUAUCAGAUUUGCAAAAUAGAAAAGGUUGUAUGUUUUUGAUUUGAGAGAUAGAGUUAAGACUAUGAGUCACUCUAGUAAAAUUUGAAUCUUAUUCACUAUUCAAAGGUUCAAUUCGUAA